AUCCCGAGGGUGAAGCCACGUCGAUAGCUAACGUUUAUUGUGCUGUACACUAUUAAAACCAUGCUGAUAAAUGUUGUUAAAAUAACAACACAAAACCUCUACCAUCACAGCUGUCUGCCAUAAGUUGCUAUGUCCUACAUGAACGUAGCCACAGAAGCCAACAGCUAGCUAGAUAUCAGCUGCAAGGAUUCCCACAUAAAUGCUAGGCAGCGAGACAGCACACAUUUCUCUAAUCGUCAUCUAUUUGUAAAGGACACCCGGGGUCCAAAAAGCUUGCAGAGACCCCACGUGCCAGGACUGAGCAGUGAGCACCACCCGCUGAAAUGCAGCAUGGAGCGGAUGUGCAGCUAGUUUGUGGCACCCAGCAGACAAAACGCUCACAAGCCGGCUGAUCGUAUGAUGUUACUUUUAAGAUCCCGCAGGGCAUAUGACAGUGAAUUGCAGCUGAGCAACCCAAGCACCCCGGCAGGAAAUCUGUGACUGGCACAUCUCUGCAACCGACAUUCGCUUCUGCCGCCAAAGCCUUGGGAGUCUCUUAAAUGGAAGAGAAAUAUCUGGGCUCUCCUUCCAUGGAUUUGACGGCGCCGCCUUUGCGACACUCGAGGAGCUCAAAAGAUGAGCAGCAUUUGAACGGAGAGGCUAAUUCAAAAGAGGAGGGUGCAGACGAGUGGGAGCAGACGAUAUGGCCAACGCGAGCCCUGCACUGCACCGCCGCCGCCACGCUCUCCUUCGCUACGGUGCAGUGGGAGAUUCCUGACGCCGCCGCAGAGAGGCGGUCUUUGACAACUGACAGCAAUGUGACCGGCGUGCUGGACUCUCUGACUUCUUGUUCAUCAUUACACAAACCUUAUGGUGACGAGGAGGAGGAGGAAGUGGAGCGCACAGAGAAACAAAACGGCUUUGACUCAUCAGUGAACUCAGAGUGUACGGGCAAUUAUAUCAAGCCAUGUGAUGCUGCAGCUGGACGUGAGCCGAUGACACAACAAAGGGAACAUUCAACACAUCAGUGCCGACAGAUCAGCUACAACGCCGUCACACUGAGGUCUGAUUCAGAGGAGGAGGGAGAAGACUGCGUCACAUCCAAUGCGGUUGCACCAGUGGAUUUAUGCCCAGAAGAACCACGGGAGGAGACGGAUGUUCUCCUGACUGGAUGCGCCGACUCAGGAGGAGACGACCAAACUUCAUUUCAAGGCGGCAAGAUGGCGGAAGGGAGCAAAAAAAGUCCUGAUGAAUGCCUCAUCGACACUGUUAAUGCGGAGGUGCCAACACCGCCGCAAACAACUAAUGAUAAUGGACCAAUUUUUGAACUUACAAAGGUACGUCUUGCAGAAGCCACAAGUCAAGAAGCUUCACUCCCUGAAGAUGAUAAUACAGAGAUGUUUGAAACAUCUGUAAAGGUACAGCCACAACCACAUAAGCCCACAAAGGGCAUCAGACUGCCAGAGCAGGCCCAAACAAACCAUACUGCACACUGUGAAGGCUCAGUCCACGUCCGACAGCUGCAACGUACUGAUGGAUUACCUGAUGAAAAGCUUUCAAUCCAGCCUGUGGACUUGACCGAGUUGUGUUGUGAUGAUGAGCAACAGGAGAAGGACAAAACAUCCCAGCAUGCAACCUCCUUGAUUCAGCACGUGACUCCUACUCGGGCCAAGACGCCACACGAGACUCAGGAGGUCACGGGCACCCUGAAUGGAUCCGUACCAGUACUCAUGGCAAAUGGAGGGACAAGCGGAACGUCAGAGGAUGCACCACCUCACAUGAAUGGUGACGACGUUGACAGGGAGAUGGCGUGUCACCUCGCUGAACGUCUCUUUAAGCUGGAUGGGGUCCAACGUGUAGAUGUGGUGAAGCACCUCGACAAAGAUAAUGCGUUCAGUCAUGCCGUUGGAGAGGAGUACCUCAGGUUCUUUGAUUUCACCGGGCAAACUCUGGACCAAGCCCUGAGAUCUUUCUUAAAAGUGGUGAUCCUGCUGGGAGAGACUCAGGAGAGGGAGCGGGUACUGCAGCAUUUCACCAGCCGCUUCCAUCAGUGCAACCCAGAUUCCUUCUCCUCGCCAGAGGCCGUGUUGGCUCUUGCUUGUGCUCUCAUGCUCCUCAACACAGACUUGCACGGACAGAAUGUUGGGAAAGCCAUGUCCACUUCCAAGUUUGUGUCCAACCUGGAUGGAAUGAACGAUGGAGAAAACUUCAGCAAAGAGCUGCUGAAAUGUCUGUACAACUCCAUCAAGAGCGAGCCGUUGCAGUGGGCAGUUGACGAGGAGGAGCUGGCCUCGGUACUGACGGAGGAGGACGUGCCCUUGCGGUCCAAGAGCAACCCCUUCCAGGACGUUCCCCACGACAAGGCGGCGCCGGUUGUCAAACAGGGUUUCCUUCAGAGGAAACUCCAUGCUGACAUUGACGGGAAGCGCACUCCUUGGGGGAAGAGACGCUGGAAGACCUUCUACGGCGUGUUGAAAGGAAUGGUCCUUUUCUUACAGAAGGAUCACAGUAGGAAGGAGCCGCAAGCUAACGAGGAGGUGGUGAGUGUUCAUCACUCGCUGGCCGAGGCCGCCGUCGAUUACACCAAGAAGCCGUACGUGUUCCGUUUGCAGACGGCCGACUGGAGAGUUUUCCUUUUUCAAGCUUCAUCCAAAAUGGAAAUGAUCUCAUGGAUCAACCGCAUUAACUUGGUGUCAGCUCUCCACUCCUCCCCUCCGUUCCCCGCAGCCGUAGGCUCCCAGAGGAGGUUCUGCAGGCCGAUCCUUCCCGCCUCGCAAUCUGCUCACACUCUGGAACGCCAACUGCAGUCCCACACCGGAAUGCUGGAGUCCUUCAAAGCGGACCUGUCAUACCUCCAGCAGAAUCCUCCAGAGGGCAGAAAGGGCAGAGGAAAGGAGAUGGAAGAGCAUCGAACAAGGGCCGAGUACCUGCAGCACGAGAUAUGUCGUUACGAGAGCUACAUAUGUGUGCUGCAGGCCUGGAAGGGCGUCCAAAAGAUGGGUGACGGCGGCGCUUUGAUCACCACCGCCCUCGGCAUGUUUGACAAUGCCAUGUGUGCAUCCCCUCUGGACGAGGACGAAGAUGGGGACAUAGGCCAUCUGACCAAAUCACACUCCAGCCCCUCCCUGGAAUUGGAGAUGGCACCACCGAGCACCAUCAAAGUCAAACGCAACAUUUCAGAAAGGUGGACUUACCGUAGGACCAUCACGCCUCGAUUGAAUAAAGACGCAUGACAGCAAUUUGGCAAUGUUUUACUCCUGGUACGAACUGAAAUGCUUGAUAGCAUCAAGCUAAUCCCAACCUCAAAUCUUAACCUUUUGUUUUUACCUCGUGCACUUUGACAGAAAAAAUUAUCUCAGGGAUUCCCAAAUUCUCUCAGGAUGUGGAAGAACCUGAUUUUUCAUUUGUGCAGUGACCAAAAAUAUGUGGACCUGAUAAGACACCUUUUUCUCUUGUAACUUUGUGCUGUGUAGUAGUAAGUUCAAAAAUGCCUACUUGGUUUGUGACCACUAGGGGGUGCUGGAGUACAGGACACCUUGAAGCCAACGAGGUAGUAAUUGCACUUUGUUUUAAAUCCUGUUAUUUUUUUUGCGUCAUUGUCCUUUUUUAUAAUAAAUGUCUUGUUCAUAUGAAGGGUAACUUUUUUACAUGUUUUAAAUGUGUCCAGUGCUGGAGCUCUUUGGGCUUGUAUUGUCUUAUUCAAUUUGUUAAAAAAAACAACAUUGUAAAUGUUAAUUUUGAUACUAAUCACGUCAAAUUUUCUGCUCAAAAAGGCUCCUUUUCCAAAAUGUGUCAAAGUAAUUCAAUGAAGGUCUGAUUUUUUAUUUUACUUCAAUGAGUAAUUUUUCACCAGUGAAUUAAAAUGCCUCUGUAAUAUAUACUGCAUUAUUUAAUCUUUGUGCAUUUUUCUUGUAACACAAACGAAUGCAUGUUGCGUUUUUGUUUGCUGCAUCUCUUGUUUUGAACUGUGCAAUUAUUUGAUCGGUGAGUAUAUUUGUAAUGUUGAUAAAAGUCAACAAUUAAUUAACCUGAACUUUGACCUUUUACUGUGUUUUCAGGGUGAAAUUCAGUGAACUUCACGCUUCCUGAAGACCCAGCUCAUAUCCCGUCUGGCCUGCCAUCACUCAUCUGGUUGCGGGUAUGUGACAUCAGCUUUCCCACAUUUUUCUC